AAAACGUGUAGAUGAAACAUUUUAAAAAAUGUGUUUUAAAAUUUACAUCAGUUUUAUAGCGUUAUGUUUUUCUUUAAAAUGUAUUGUAUCAAUUACUGUUUGUAAAACAGAGUUAGAUUAUUACACAAAUGAAAACUGUUGGGAAAAUAAUGACGAAGAAUUAAAUACGACGCAAAUACUGCGAAAUUGGGGUUUCACCGCUGAGGAAUAUGAGAUAUUUACAGAUGAUGGUUAUGGACUAACUAUUAUUAGAGCUUAUAAGAUCAUCGAAUCAGGACAUCAAAUAUUUCUAAUAAACUUUAGAGGCACAGAAUACAGUCAAAAACAUGUAAAUCUUACAAUAGCAGAUAGGGAAUAUUGGAAUUUUAGUUGGCAUGAAGCAGGCUAUUACGAUAUUCCAAAAGUGUUAGGAUUGGUAUCUAAUAUAACUUAUGGACAAAAAGCAAUAAUAGUAGGAUAUUCAAUGGGAAGCACAACGAGUUUGGUUUAUGCAACUAGAUUUCCUGAUGAAGCAGCAGAAAAACUACUUGGAAUCAUAUGUCUUGGAACAGCAAGCUUGUAUAAGAAUACACCAUCCAUAUUAAGGGUACUUGCUUUAUUGGACCCCGUAGUUAUUCCAUUAGGAUUAAGAUUAUGGAACGGAAAGUUUCCUCUAAGAAAAGAUAUUGGUUCGGUAUUUGAAAUAAUAUCCAGUGAUCCAAUUUUGUAUAAUAUGUGGGACAUGGUUCAUGCUUUAUUUGUAGGUUGGAAUUACAACUCAGUUGCUCCUAAUGGACUUCGGCUACAAGAAUUACUUAAACCUGAGUAUAGAUGUGGAGUAACAAUAAUGUCAGAUCCUCGAUGGACCCAUCUAAAUUUUAUUAACCAUCGUGACUCUGAAUCUCUCUUGGUUGCACCUAUUUUAAACAAGAUUAAAGCUUUUGAAGCAGGUGGUUGCUAA